CACAGUCGCUGUUCGGCGGUCGGACGGCGUGCUUGUUGUAGGGCAUUAUCGUUUUCUCUGAGGUUCUCUUUCGUCGACAGAAGUUUUGCGGAGAUCGUGUUCCGGUAUUUUAUCGACGGCCUUUCCAGAAUCGUGACUGAUCACGAGCGCUUUAUAGAAAGUGAAACUGCAUGGUUAAUACGUGUUAAUAAGUUGUGUAAGGACAAUCUUCUAACUUAGUGUUAACUUUAGUGAGUGGAACAUUUUUAAGUGGUAAUCUAUUGACUAUCCAGGACUAGUUUCGAUAUCAGCUCAGUUUUGAACUAAAAACUGUGUUUUGAUUAUUGGGACGUUGUUCAAAAUUUCCUAAAACGGUAUUCCACACCUUGGUGAACAAGGAGUGUUAUUGCUGUGGGAAAAAUAGUUUAUAAUGUCUUCGAAAGUGAGUUUGUUUGCUUGAAUGGUUUGACUGAACAAAAGUAAAAAAAGUAACGGACGAACUGUGUAUUGAAAUGUGAAUUUUGUGUCCAAAGUGAUAAAAUCUAUGUUGGUUCGUGUGUAAAUAUUGUUUAUUUCCCCGAUGAAGUUUCACGUGUAACUCGACGCUUCUCGCAAUUGGUUUUCUGAAAAUCUCUCGCCAUGGAGACGGAGGAGCUUACGAAACUUGUAGAUGGAAUAUACAAGAACAUCUUGGAUAAAUUUAAUCCAGGAGCCCGUCAGAUGAUCACAGCUGGAAAGGCAUAUCUAAAAGCCUUGCAUGGUGCCGCAGCAGCAUCGCGGUUGUAUGUGGAUGCUGUCGGCAAGCUCGGCAGACAAGCCCAACAGGGCACUUGGGGAGGAUGUGCAGACAUAGGUACAGCUCUUAUGAAAGUGGUGGAGGUGUAUCGGGAAAUUCAAGAUCAACAAAUGAAUAUUCUGAAGGCGUUCUACGUCGAUUUGUUGGUUCCCUUGGAAACUAAUCUAGAAAAGGAUACAAAAGUAGUACAGUCUGAGCAAAAACGAUUCCUCCAACAACACAAACUACGUUCAGAGAGUUACAGCAAAGCUGCUGCUACCAUAAAAAAACAACGGAAGAAGAAGACCAACGUUACUAAAGUUGGCUCCGCAAUGGACAAAGAGAUGAAGAAUAUGCAAAUAUUGGAAGAAGAAAAGACAAAACUGGACGCGUUUUGUGAGCAAAGCUUGAAAAAUGCCAUGACACAAGAACGUCGUCGCUACGGAUUUGUAUUAGAAAGGCAAUGUUCGUUGGCUAAACACUGGCUUGCGUACCAUGCCGCUGGUGCUGCAUCAUACAAUGCUGGUUUGGAUGAAUGGCUUGAAGUCUCCAGGACAAGAGAAUAUUUGCCUCCCAACGUAGAAGCCAUGUUCGUCAGCAGGAUGAGGCAAGUUUCGUUCUGGGCUGAUGAAGAAGUAUAUGCCAGUCCUCGAACGGGGGAUGAUGAUGACCGAGCAUCUGUUGGCUCCGCAUUGAGGAAAACACGUUCUGUAGACGCCUCGUGUCUUGAUAUUCGAUCAAUUGGUGAUUUGGGAUCGCCUGCUCAAGGUCUAUCAAGGGCCAAAUCUGAUUUCAAUCUACAAGCAAGCUCUCACAUAGCUGAUCAAGAGACUGACCCCCGCACGGCAAUACGACCUUCAUCUCUUGCACCAACAACUUGUACAUCUCGAGAUCCACCUUUAGCACGAGCAUUGUAUGCUUAUGCAGCCGCUGGAGAUAACCAGCUAAGUUUCCAGCAAGGAGAUGUCCUUGCUUUACUCGGAGAGAGAACAAAGGGGUGGCAGUACGGGGAAAAUUUACGCACACAUCAAGCUGGAUGGUUCCCGCUGGCGUAUACAGAGUCGAUAGCCAAUGAUGAGCCAACCAGUAGUUCACCAGCUCGUUGGGGUUGCGCACAGACUCCUAGCGAAGCGCCGCCACCUGCUCCGAUUGCCCAUGCACAAACAACACCUAGCACUCCAUCAGUGCAUGGUCAUCCGCCAACUCGGAUGUUCGGGGACACAGUCACUGCUCACCAUGUUAACAAGGGUCGCCUUGGUAGUAGCUCUCCAGGGCUACCUCCUACUCUUCCGGCUCCAUCACCAAGCGCUUUGAGCACCUCAGCUAGUGCCACUUUCCAUUCACCUACACCAGUACCAGUACCGAGCGCCAUAAAAAAUUCUACAUCUUCUGCCAGUUUCACCACUCAUGCUGUCAUUGAAACAAGAAGUUUUGGACCCCAAACACUGCCAAUGCGUUCUCAGGUAACGCAGAAUAAGGCUGGUCCUGCUAAAACAGUAGUGACGGCUGUAGGUGCUGUAGGUAAUGUAUCACUACAUAGCUCCAACGACUCUGGCUUUUCUAAUGAGCCCCCACCACAGCCUGAUAUUGAUUACAGCGAUGAAGAAGCUCAACGACUGCGAGUCCCUAUCAGUAAAGCUGCUCAAUCAAUGAAUGACCAUAAAGCUUAUUUACUGAAAACACAAAGCUUGAGGCGUGGCCCAAAACCUCCCAAUGCAAAUGGGUAUUUGACAGAUGACCAACAAUUAAUGUUACGCAACAUGUUAGAUAUGGAUAAAGAUUCUCAAAGAGUUAAAAGAACAAAAUCAUUCUGGAAAUUUGGCAGAACAACUUCGGAAGAGAUUAUGGAGGGUAUGUCAUUAUGGCAACAUCGCGACAUUGUGGAUACAGUACCAGAAUUCAAGAAGAGAUUGUAUGAUAAAAUGAAAAAAGAAUUAAGACCUGCACCCGAUGUACCUGAUUUAAGAAAACAGGGUAGUCCUGAAAAAAUGCCUAUUCCCGAAAAUUCACACCAGCGGCCCAAGGAAACAAUUGACAGAAAGGAGGUUAAGAUUACUAAUGGAAUACGACAAGCCAAAAGUUUAGGCUCUAUACAAACUGAAGAGCAUACUGAAAGAAUCAAAAAGGGUAGCGAAAACUUUCAACAGAAUCAAACAAUGACGAAGAAAAGUAUUUCUGAAAAAGCCAUAGCUGAAGAAAAACAUGAAGAUUUCCUUCCACGAAUUGAAUCCAGGCACUCUGAUUUGACUAAUACUAGUACUAUAAAAACAAAUUUUGAAAAUAGUUUUUACAAUGAUGAAAACGGAGAAGGUUUCGUAAUGAAAACUGUUAAACGUAGAGAGAUAUUACAAAGAUAUGAUAAUGAUAGCAGUUCUGAUGUAAAUUCCGUUGCUUCGAGUACCGAUCCUUACGACUGUAUAAUAGUAGAUGAUCACAUGACAUCUCGGAAGCAACAAGAACUUGAUAGGCGUCGUCAAGCACAAUUAAUGGAAGAAGAAGUAAAAAAACGUAAAGAAAAUGCAUAUAUGCCUGAAUUUGAGGAAAUUGAAAUUACUCCGAUAAAGCCCCAUAUUCGAGCUUCAAUGAUAACAGAAAAUUCAAAGAAACAUUCUCAUGAACGUACUCCUCCUAAAACUAUGGAAUUCAAAACUUUUAAAGACAAUUCAAAAGAAAUCAAAACAUUUUCUGCAUCAUCAGAAACUUUAAAGUAUAAAGAUAAUGAACAGCAUACAGAUCGCUAUGGUAUACCCACAGAACGCAACAAUAAUGAAAUACACAAUGACGAACAUUACAAUGGGCAUGACGAAGGCACUCUUAAAUAUAAAAAACGUUCAAGCAAAGAAGAAAAAAAUCGUCAACAAAAUGUUUUUGAAAAUGGAAAGAACCACAAAAAAGAUUAUCCACAAGCCGAAGUUAGAACUCAAAAAAAGGAUGUUAAAUCAUAUGAAAAUAGAGAGCCUAGAAUUGACUAUUCACUGGACAGACGCCAAUUGAGAAAUGAUUUCAAUAAUUCUAAAAAUAGAGUAGAUCCACGAAAUAGAAAUAGAGUAAGUAGGAGUUAUGAUGACAGUUCAUUACCAUACCAUGGACGAAGAGAUGAGAGGUUUUAUGAGUCCAAUAUAUCAUACUUCAGCGACCAAGAGCGACAUGUAUCGCGGUAUGAUUAUGAAACUGAUUCGAAGAAAGCCGAAAAGUCUAAAAUAAGACAAGAAGAAGCUAGACUUGAAGCAAGGCGCUUUGCAGACCGACGCAGCGAAGGUCCAUACAGUGAAUCUGAUGAUCAAAAAUUUAAUGAGGCUUUGAAACAACAAAGACCACAACUAUUGCCUCGAACUAAACUUCUUAAGAGGACCGCAGAUGGAAACGAGUUACCAGAGGAAGGACAUACUUUCGGACCUUGGUAUGAUUUGUGGGGUCGUGAAACUGCUGUUUACAAAUAAGGCCUCAACAAUUCGCUACGGUGAAGCUACGGAAGGCGCUAACAAAUGAUCGAUCGUCGCCUACCAUCGAAUAAUGAUUUAUAAUAAUAUAAUUAUUAUUUUGUUACUUAAUAUUAAAUGUAAAUUAGAAACACCAUGUAUUUUGUACAGUUAAAUAUUCAUAGUUUAACA